UUUUCGUUUGUCACGUGCGUAUGUGUUUAGAUUUUAGUUUGUCAUUUCAGAUUCUCCAGAUAGUACUUGACGAUUCUCAGAGGAUUAUAAAUCGGUACGAGUGCGAGCAAUACUUCUGGAGCAAAAGACUGAAAAGACCGAAAUGGGAGUGGCCUUAUUCGCGCAUUGACAACUCGAAUUCAUGGAUACGUGAGUGCGGGGUUCAUACUUUUUCUACUUUUAGUACACAGUGAAAAUUGAGUGUGGAGCCUCGGAAUCCUUUCCAACGGUACGUAUCGGAAGUGCCGAGUUAACGUGUGUUCAGAAAUAAACUACGAGCUCUCGUAAUUCGGAUUUAUAUCGUUUUAAUUCGCGACGAAGAAUAAAAUACAACGAAAGAUUUUCCUCUUGUGUGUUUAAGUGAAAAUUCUCGCGGAAAAAGACUACUAUCGAUUGAGGUAGUGUUUAAUCUAAUGCCGUUUCAAGAAGUCAACAGUGUUUUUAGCAACGAUACUGCCAUCUAAUCAGUGUGAUAAACCCACGAUGUUCCAGGACUUAACAUAGGCCAGUCGACGUCGUCGGCGCCCCCGCCCGCCGCCAUGCUCAUAGCCGACGGCGCUGCCGCCUCCGCCGCUGGCACCCCUUGCCCUGCCUCGCCGGGGGGCGGGGUCUCGAUCGCGCCUCCCUACACAGCGCUGGUGGACGCGGCGGGCGUGGUCUGCGUGAUGCCCAGCCCCACGGCGCGCCCCCUGAAAGCAGCGGCGGACGUGAGGGCGCUAGUGCAAACGCGGAGGAACGACGAGCUGAAGCAGCUGUUAAGGAGUAACGCGUGGCCGGCCAACCAUCCCGUUCGCAAAGAGUUGUGGCCCAUCCUGUGCACGCAGCACGCUCACGCAGGCGGCGCGUCCGGUGACGGCUUCUACUGGGACAUGGUGGUGCAGGUUUUCGGGUCGGUGGAACUGCCGGACCGGCCGGUCGCGUUGCCGUUGUUCGUCGAACCGUCACGUUGCAACGCGUACCACCUGACGAGGUCGGGACGCGCCUGCGCCGACCGCGUCAUCAGCGUGCUGGGCUACGCCUGCCCGGAUAUAGUGUACAGUCCCGCCAUCUAUCCGAUCUGCGCACUGUUGCUGCAUUACGUGACUGAAGAGGAAGCUUAUCACUGCAUGGCAAGUUUGGUUUCUUGCAAGGAGAAGACGUUCAUCACGCAAACGAAGCUUCUUUACGAGGUCACGUGGAAGACUGUGAUGCAAAUAUGUAGAAAGCACGUGGUAAGUAAAGGCGCAGCAGUGCAUUUACAAAGGCAGUGCACGGCGGGCAGGGCAGAGCGCAUCUACAUGGACUGGAUUUGGUGGAUUUUCCAGGGGCUGCCGUUCCAGCACUUGAUUAGGAUAAUGGACUGCUUCUUCCAUGAAGGAGUUAAGGUGUUAUACAGGACAGCAAUGGCUAUCCUGAUACUUUUCCAUAAAUAUUCGUCGGCCAAUUCGUCGGAAUGGUCGGCGGAGAUCCAGAAAAACGGCAUCGAUUUGGCUUUGAACAAGUUUUGUCGAGAAAUGCCGGUGACACCGCAGAAAGUAUUAAAGGUAGCCUUUGGUAUCAGAGGCCUCACGUCAUCCUACAUCUCACGAGUAUUCAUCAAAACCGAGAUGCUUUUGAAGAGCAAACAGGUGCUGCACGGCUCCAAACAACUAGUCAGGAGUAGAUCGAGCGAGAAUCUUCCCAACAGUCAGAGCCAGACCAAGAUCCAGAUGGUGUCGCACACCCUCACGAUACGAGAGACCUCAUCCUACUAUAACCUGACCCAGUGGUUUCCAUUUUCCAUGCCCGUAUUCCGUGACCAAGGCGUACAUAGUUUAAUAAGAAGAACGCUUCUCACUCUGUGGUCCUGGUUGCCAGUUCGGAUCACCAUGUACCAGCCGAUCCUGCUCUACACCACCGAGGAACACGGAUGUUCACUAACGACGUUCUAUGUUCGAGUGGAACAGCACGAACCAACGCUGCUUAUGAUUAAGACUUGUAACAACGAGGUAUUUGGAGCAUACUGUUCGUCCAGAUGGUGCGAACGGAACCAAAAAGAUGACCGAGGCAAUCGACAGGCUUACUUCGGUACCGGAGAAACAUUUCUGUUCUCUUUGUAUCCAGAAAGGGCGAAAUACCCGUGGGUUGGUGUGGAGGGAGACAGGAACGUGUCCCACGGUUCGGAACUGUUCAUGGCUGCCGAUAGUAAAAUGAUUACGAUAGGAGGAGGGGAAGGUCAGGCAAUAUGGAUGGACGAAAACAUCCGCUACGGAAAAACGGACCACUGCGCAACCUUCAACAACCCGCCUCUGUGUCCGAGCGGUGAUUUUGAAAUACGAGUUUUGGAAGUUUAUGGUUUUGCCACCGACAUGAAUUGAGUUAGAAGACAAAUUGAGAAACCACAAACAACGAAUGCACGUGUGAAAACAAAACAUAUUUUCAUUGUAUUAGGCUGAGCAGGACAAGAUAAUAUUAUGUCCUCAAGCAAAGUUUAAAUAAGCAUCUUGAUGUAACAGUGUUUGUGUUGUAGCGUUAUUAUUUAAUCUUUAAAUAUAAUCGUAUUACAAUAAUAUACAAAAUACGCUGGGCAAUACAUCUUCAAGUGGAUGUUUGUAUCGAAAUCAGAAGGCAAUAUGUUGCAUUCCUUUAGCAAAAACGAUUCGAGAUUAUGGCAUAUAUAAUAUUUGACAUGCGCUUGUACCUUUUGAUAAUUUAUUAGGUUUGUAACAUAACCUAGAAACAUGUUUUACUAACAAAAUAUCGAAAACAGUAUUAUUUAUCGGUCUCAGACUAUAUCCCAUUUUUAAAAUGGUCUCUUUGUUUAUUUGAUUUGUUUCUCUUUUAGUUCCUUAAAGUAUAUCUUAUUGUUAUGUAAUGUUAUAAAUAUAACCUAAAAAAACUUUGUUUUGAACCUAGAUCAUAUAUAGGAUGAUUCACACGGCGAUGGCACGUUAGACGUUUAUGGAGAACCGGUGACAGAAUUUUUUUUGAACAUUUGGAUGUUUACAUAAAGGCACCUGCCCCAUCUGUCUAAAAUAUUUUCUACUGUUACAAUGUUGCCGCAUCAUUUGAAAAGUGGUAGCAUCUUUGGAUUUUAAAUGGAAUACCCGGUAUUUUAUUAUAUUUUUGGAAACUAUUUUCAUAUCUCAUAAUUUUUCUAUUAUACUAACCCAUACCGAUCUCUAACAUUUUUUGAGAUAUAUGAAUAGAUAUAAAACAUACAUAAAAUUUACAAAAACACGAUCUUGAAUAAGCAUUGGUAAAAUCAUGAAUUGAACAUUUUAAAAGAUGAUAUUUGGGUUAUAAGUUAACGAAAUUCUAUAUAUUCGAUCUGUCUAAAUCAACUCAUAAGAUAUAUAGGGAGAUGAGCCAAUGAUGAGUACCAUGGCCGUGAAUCACUCUGUGUAUGAUCUAGGGUUUUAAGUAACAUGAAUAUAGCUUUAUAUGCCUAAGUUAAUCAAGUUACUAAAAAUGUUAGUAAACGUUACCUAGUAAUUGAUACUAGCUGAAUCAUAAAGAUCAAAAUACGGUGCACAAUGUCUAUAUUUGACAGAUACACGGAAUUCAGAGAACAUCUUGCCUCGUUUUACUAAUAAUUAAUCUAUUAACAAAUGUUGUUUAGAUGUGUGUUGUACGUAUUAUAGCCCCCUUUUUCAAACAUUAUCUGCCAUUUAUGGAUAUUUAUGCCUGACGUGAACCUGAAACUGACAAGUACUAGAAUCUAGUCGUAUUAGCUUUGUAUUUAUUUAGUUAAUAGAAUGUUCGGUACAGUAAAAUGUGUAUAUUUCAAAUAUUAGUCUGUGUAAAUAUUAGUUUGUAUGUUAUUUUUAAGGUGUAAAAGCAGUAACAAUUAUUGCUUUGCAUGUUAAUUAUUUGUUUCUUUUAAGUGCAAAAAUAUUUGCGUGCCAAACAAUUUGUAGGGCGCUAAUUCAGCUUUUCUCGUCAUCACAAUAAACAUUUUUUUUUAUUUAAUUCAGGUAGAGUAUGUUUUAUGACUUUUAUGCCAUGUUCUGGAUAAGACGACAUCAUAUAGAAACUAAAAGAAUUU